AAAUAGGUAGAAGGGAAUCUUUUCUGUGGGUGGUCCUUUGCCAUGUGUUCUUGCUUGCUUCUGAAACAGAUCCUGCUCGUGGUAUUAACAGGUUCCUUCACAUCAUAUGCUGAGACUGUCAUACAAGGGAAAGUGGGUGAAAACAUCACUCUACCCUGUCAUUAUUCAGUUAAGGAUCAUGGACUGACAGAUACUUGUUGGGGACGAAGUUGCCCCUUAGUGGGUAGUUGUCCCAAUAAAAUGAUCAGCAUUAAUGAAAAUCUGGAGAUAGAUGGGCAACUCGAAAAAUUUCAUCUAUUGGGAAAUGUCAGUCAAGGAGAUGUAUCUCUGACCAUUGUUAACAUAACAAAAGAUGAUAUGGGGACAUACUGUUGUCGAAUGGAAUAUCAAGGAUUGUUCAAUGAUGACAAAAUUUUUUUCAAAUUACUGAUCGAGGAAGCAUCGCUUCAUACAACUCCUAUAUAUUUCAGUACGUCUAAUUUUGUUUCUAAACCAAAAUGGGUAUUCAUUACUGAAUCUCCAGUCAAUAAUAUUUCAUUGCCUAUGUCUACAAUGGUAAAGAAGCAAGGGAAGAAUCCACGUUAUCGGAUAGGCCUAUACAUUGGUAUUGGAGCAUGUGCAAUUAUAUUCAUCAUUAUAAUCCUGCUAAUUAUAAAGUGGUAUCUACACAAGAAGCAGAAGACAAUUAAUUCUGCAAGUCAAGUGGCAUUUUCAAAUUCAGCAGCUCGAGGGGUUCAGAAUGUUCUCAAUGCUGAUGUCCAUGCGCCGGAAAACAUUUAUCACUGCAGUUGAAGAAUCAUGUUAGCAGGCUCAUGUCUAAGAAGGCACUCUAUUUGGAGCAGCAUAUUUGGAAAAGAGAUCUUGCAAUAGACAUAUAUAGAUUCACACUUUUGUUUAUAUUCAGUGUCAGAUUAAUGUAUGCGAUAUGAAAUGAGAGAAUCUGUUUUACGAUCUUGCAGUAGAAAUAUAGUGCCUUGUUUAGCAUCUCUCCCUAUUAAUGCUAUGCGGGAGAACUGCCAGUUUCAGACUAUGCUCCAAUACUUAGUUCUCCCUUCUCCUGACACUAAGCCCAAUAGCCUAUGCUGCUUAUUUGUCAUCCAUCUGCUACAGGUAGAGACAAACUGCAUUUGCAUUUUGCUUAUUUGUUUUUUAUUAUCAGCUGAAAUUUGGUGAAAAACAGCAGCCACAGGAUAGCUGCUUAUUACAAAAUUAUGAGCUCAUGUUUGGCUGUAUGGCCCUAUGAAGUUGGCACAUGCUAACCUAAUACAUCCUCUUUUGAACAUUUGGAUGGGAUAUAGAAAUGUAGGUAAUACAUUUACCAAAUCCAAUGCUGAUUUGACUUAACCUCAGUUGACAUUUUUGGUCCUAAGACAUCUUUUCAUUGUUAUGAAAUCCAGCCACAAUCUUCAAGCAUUUGAAGGGGCAAUGACAUAUAGGGGAUUUCUACUUGUUGCUUCUUAUCUAUGGCUGUUCUCCAUGUGGAUCCUGAUUAAGAAUCCUGAUUUUUAUUUUUCAUGUUAUGUCAUUGUGUGAAAACUAUCUGCAAUUAAUUGCCUGCUAAAUGAGGAAGACUAAUGGGGGAGGGGAGUCCAGUAUGUGCUCCACUUGAACAUAAUUCCUGUUUACUGAAUGAGACAAUCUUGGCAUGAAACACAUUCCCUCUGAUGAUAAAAAUUAUGUAUAUUCUUUUUUUAAAAAUGUUUUUAUUAAACAUUUUAUUAGAUACAAAAGAAAAGAAAAAAGAAUUAAAAAAACAUUGAACGUGGUGUAUCAUCUUUGACAUAUAUCUUUGUCUAAUCAUUCCAUACUUUACAUAUGAGAGUAAAUGUUAUAUAUACAGCUAUACAUUCCUAGUAAUCUUCCUCUAUUUAUAUCCCUUCUAUCGACUUCCUUUUUAUUUCCCUCCACUUGUAAAAUUUAUUCCAAAUUAGGUAAUAUUCUGUUUCCUCCUGAUUUUUUAAUUCUUUAGUCAUCUUAUCCAAUUCUGCGCAAUACAAAAUUUUUCUUAUUAACGUGUUUCCACUAGGUACUUCAGUUGCUUUCCAGUUUUGGGCAAACAAGAUUCUUGCUGCCGUUACCACAUGUAUAAUU